AAUUUGGGGAUCGGAAAGGAAUGGAGAUGUAAAGAUAAGAAACUGUUUUUCUCUUCUGGGGAACUCUUUAGGCCUAGGUUUCUGGUGACAGCCCCAGGGAUCGUCAGGCCUGGAGGAAAUGUGACUGUUGGGGUGGAGCUUCUGGAACACAGCCCCUCCCAGGUCACUGUGAAGGCGGAGUUGGUCAAGAUGGCAGCCAACCUCACUGUCUCUGUCCUGGAAGCGGAAGGAGUCUUUGAAAAAGGCUCUUUCAAGACACUUACUCUUCCAUCACUACCUCUGAACAGUGCAGAUGGGAUUUAUGAGCUGCGUGUAACUGGACGGGCCCAGGAUGAGAUUUUAUUCUCUAAUAGCACGCGCUUAUCAUUUGAGACCAAGAGAAUGACUGUCUUCAUUCAAACAGACAAGUCUCUAUACAAGCCAAAGCAGGAAGUGAAGUUUCGUAUUAUUACACUCUUCUCAGAUUUUAAACCUUAUAAAACUUCUUUAAACAUUCUAAUUAAGGACCCCAAGUCAAAUUUGAUCCAACAGUGGUUGUCAGAACAAAGUGAUCUUGGCGUUGUUUCCAAAACUUUUCAAUUAUCUUCCCAUCCAAUACUUGGUGACUGGUCCAUUCAAGUUCAAGUGAAUGACAGUCUCUUCAACAAAUCGUUUAAGGUUAGUCAGUUUAUAUUGCCCAAAUUUGAAGUUACUUUGCAGACACCAUUAUAUUGUUCUUUGAAUUCUAGGAGCUUAAAUGGUACUGUCAUAGCAAAGUAUACGUAUGGGAAACCAGUGAAAGGAGAUGUAACACUUACAUUUUUACCUUUAUCCUUUUGGGGCAUGAAGAAAAAUAUUACAAAAAAUUUCAAGAUAAAUGGAUCUACAAACUUCUCUUUUAAUGAUGAAGAGAUGAAAAAAGUAAUGGAUUUUUCAGAAGGGCUUUCUGAGCACAUGUAUCUGUCUUCCCCUGGGCCAGUAGAAAUUUUAGCCACAGUGACAGAAUCACUUACAGGUAUCUCAAGAAAUGCAAGUUCUAAUGUAUUUUUCAAGCAACAUGAUUACAUCAUUGAAUUUUUUGAUUAUGCUACUGUCUUGAAGCCAUCUCUCAACUUCACAGCCACUGUGAAGGUAACCCGUGCUGAUGGCAAUCGACUGACUUUUGAAGAAAGAAGAAAUAAUGUAGUUAUAACAGUGACGCAGAAAAAUUCUUCUGAGCACUGGAGCAGAUGGGACAGUAGAAACCAGGACAUAGAAGCUGUCCAGAUCAUAAAUUAUACUGUCCCCCAAAAUGGAAUCUUUAAGAUUGAAUUCCCAAUCCUGGAUGAUUCCAAUGAGCUGCAGUUGAAGGCCUCUUUUCUUAAUAGUGUGAGUAGCAUGGCAGUUCACGGUAUGUUUAAGUCUCCCAGUAAAACAUACAUCCAGCUAAAGACAAGAGAAGAAAAUAUAAAGGUGGGAUCACCUUUUGAGUUGGUGGUUAGUGGCAACAAGCGAUUGAAGGAGUUAAGCUAUAUGGUUGUAUCCAGGGGACAGUUGGUGGCUGUAGGCAAGCAAAAUUCAACAACCUUCUCUUUAACACCAGAAAAUUCUUGGGCUCCAAAAGCCUGUAUUAUUGUGUAUUAUAUUGACAAUGAUGGGGAAAUUAUAAAUGAUGUUCUAAAAAUUCCUGUUCAGCUUGUUUUUAAAAAUAAGAUAAAACUGUUUUGGAGUAAAGCUCACGCUGAACCAUCUGAGAAAGUCUCUCUUAGGAUCUCUGUGACACAGCCAGACUCGACAGUUGGGAUCGUAGCUGUUGACAAAAGCGUGAAUCUGAUGAAUGUCUCAAAUGAUAUUACAAUGGAAUACCGUGGAAUAAAUGGAUGGGAUGUGGAAGUCAUGAGAGAUGGAGGUUUAGAAAUCAUCCACACGCAAGUGUAUCUUGAAGCCAUGGGGUCUCGGAGGUACAGAGUAAAGAGUGAGAAGUGCAAGGCCUCUUUUCUUAAUAGUGUGAGUAGCAUGGCAGUUCACGGUAUGUUUAAGUCUCCCAGUAAAACAUACAUCCAGCUAAAGACAAGAGAAGAAAAUAUAAAGGUGGGAUCACCUUUUGAGUUGGUGGUUAGUGGCAACAAGCGAUUGAAGGAGUUAAGCUAUAUGGUGGUCCAUGAGUUGGAACUUUAUAACACAGGAUAUUAUUUAGGCAUGUUCAUGAAUUCUUUUGCAGUUUUUCAGGAAUGUGGCCUUUGGGUAUUAACGGAUGCAAACCUUUUGAAGGAUUACAUCGAUGGUGUUUAUGACAGUGUGGAAUUUGCUGAGAGGUUUGCGGAGGAAACUGAAGGAUACUUGGUAGAUUUUCAUGACUCCUCUUCGGUUAGCAAUCCACGUAUCAGAAAGCAUUUCCCAGAGACUUGGAUUUGGCUAGACACCAAUAUGGGUUCUAGGAUUUACCAAGAAUUUGAAGUUACUGUGCCUGAUUCUAUCACUUCUUGGGUAGCCACGGCUUUCGUCAUCUCUGAAGACUUAGGUCUUGGACUAACAAGUACUCCAGUGGAGCUACAAGCCUUCCAACCAUUUUUCAUUUUUUUGAAUCUUCCUUACUCUGUUAUCAGAGGUGAAGAAUUUGCUUUGGAAGUAACCAUAUUCAAUUAUUUGAAAGAUGCCACUGAGGUUAAAGUCAUCAUUGAGAAAAAUGACAAAUUUGAUAUUCUCAUGGCUUCAAAUGAAAUAAACGCCACCGGACACCAGCAGACCAUUCUGGUUCCCAGUGAGGAUGGGGCAACUGUUCUUUUCCCGGUUAAGCCCACACAUCUGGGGGAAAUCCCUAUCACAGUCACAGCCAUUUCACCUACUGCUUCUGAUGCCGUCACCCAGAGGAUUUUAGUAAAGGCUGAAGGAAUAGAAAAGUCGUAUUCACAAUCCAUCUUGUUAGACUUGACUGACAAUAAGUUACAAACUCCCGUGAAAACUUUGAGUUUCUCAUUUCCUCCCAACACAGUGAGUGGUAGUGAACGAGUUCAGAUCACUGCAAUUGGGGAUAUCCUCGGUUCUUCCAUCAAUGGCUUAGCCUCAUUGAUUCGGAUGCCUUAUGGCUGUGGUGAACAGAACAUGAUAAAUUUUGCUCCCAAUAUUUAUGUUUUGGAUUACCUGACUAAAAAGAGACAACUGACAGAAAACUUAAAAGAAAAAGCCCUUUCAUUUAUGAGGCAAGGUUAUCAGAGAGAACUUCUCUAUCAGAGGGAAGAUGGCUCCUUUAGUGCUUUUGGGAAUGAUGACCCUUCUGGGAGCACUUGGUUGUCAGCUUUUGUCUUAAGAUGUUUCCUUGAAGCUGAUCCCUACAUAGAUAUUGAUCAGAAUGUGUUACACAGAACAUAUACUUGGCUCAAAGGCCGUCAAAAAUCCAGUGGUGAAUUUUGGGAGCCAGGAAGAGUGAUCCAUAGUGAGCUUCAAGGUGGCAAUAAAAGUCCAGUAACGCUUACAGCUUAUAUUGUGACUUCUCUCCUGGGAUAUAAAAAGUAUCAGCCUAAUAUUGAUGUGCAAGAGUCUAUCAACUUUUUGGAGUCUGAAUUUAAUAGAGGCAUUUCAGACAAUUAUACUCUAGCUCUUAUAACUUAUGCGCUGUCAUCUGUGGGGAGCCCUAAAGCCAAGGAAGCUUUGAAUAUGCUGACCUGGAGAGCAGAACAAGAAGGAGGCAUGCAAUUCUGGGCGUCAUCAGAGUCUAAACUUUCUGAGUCCUGGCAGCCACGUUCCCUGGAUAUUGAAGUUGCGGCCUAUGCGUUGCUCUCACACUUCCUGCAGUAUCAGGUGUCUGAGGGAAUCCCGAUUAUGCGGUGGCUCAGCAGGCAGAGAAAUAGCUUGGGAGGUUUUGUGUCUACCCAGGACACCAUUGUAGCCCUGAAGGCCCUAUCUGAAUUUGCAGCCCUAAUGAACACAGAAAGGACAAACAUCCAAGUGACUGUGAUGGGGCCCAGUUCACCAACUCCUGUAAAGUUUUGGAUUGACACACAGAACCUCUUUCUUCUCCAGACGGCAGAGCUUGCUGUGCUUCAGCCAACUGCAGUUAAUAUUUCCACAAGUGGUUUUGGAUUUGCUAUUUGUCAGUUUAAUGUAAUUUAUAAUGUGAAAGAUUCGGGUUCCUCCAGAAGACGAAGAUCUAUUCAAGACCAAGAAGCUUUUGAUUUAGACGUUGCUGUAAGAGACAAUAAAGAUGAUACCAAUCACUUGAAUUUGAAUGUGUGCACAAGACUUCAUAAGAACGCAAGUUUAAUGAAGAGAAUGGUGUUUUUAGACACAGAAUACUCCAGUUUAGAAGGGAGACAAGCGGUGAGGAGUUACAACUCGGAAGUGAAGCUGUCCUCUUGUGACCUCUGUGGGGACGCUCCCGGAUGUGGUCCUUGCGAGAGAGGAGCUGCAGCCUCCCUUUAUCACGCUUCAGUCCUUGUUGCGCUCUGUGGCACGCUGCUGUUCUCUUCGCAGCACUGGCUGUGAUUCAUGUAACAGUCGACAUUUCCAGAAGUCACUCAUCUUGUUUUCAUGAUCAAGUACUGCUUCUAUUUUUGAAAAACUUUUUUUUUUUUUCUCUUUAUGGGGUUGUGGGGGAUGGUGCCCAACAGGUCCUAGGAUGUGUAGCUGCGUGGAUGUCUUCUGACUUCUGUGUAGAACAGAAAAUCAGAGUUCGGCAGUUGUGUGUCUUUAUUUCCCCCUCUCUUAAAAAUCAUUCAGGAGUGUUUCAUGGAGGUGUUGUUUUCCCCAGAAUAAAUGUGUUAUUUUAGAUUAGCUAUUCUUUUUAUUUUCUAGAAGAAAUGAGCCUAGGAUCUUAAGCAUUAUUAUACACCAGUGUUGGCUUUAGCAUUAAAGACAGAUGUCUGGGAACUGGGAGAAAGCAACCAGAAGGAGGAGCUCGCCCUGUUCCCAUCCCACAUCCACCCACCCUAGCCCUCCGCCCUGCCUCACCCCCAGUGGUCUCAGUAUAUCCUUCCUAGUUGGAUAUCACUUCUUCCUUUUUAGUAGGGGGUGAAUUUUUUUUUUUUUAAGUGAAGUGUGUUGUUUUUUUUUUCCCACUUCAAUUGUAAUUUCAUCCCCCAACCUUUACCCUUCCUGUUUUUCUUCUGGAGAGAAGAAGAGAGGGAAUGUGUGAUUCAGAGCUUGGGGAGUGUACAGAAAACUGCCCUAAGGAGUCCUGGGUGCAUUGCCCCCCCUCACUUCCUCAGCCCCCCACAUUGGCUGUGUUUCAGGGAUCAGAGUCAGAGGGCAUGGCAGUAUGUGCCCCAGGGGAUUCAGACUAGAAGAUCCUAGACCAGAAGCUGCAGCUUUGUUAGUAACCAGGGUACAACAAGAUCUUGAUGCCGCAGGCUGACCUCCCUGUGAUCUGGGAAAGAAGCUGGGGCUUGACGGGCCGAGAAGUGAACGCGACUGCUGACCUCAGGUAUGGGAGGGUAUUGCCCACUGUCCUAUAGAAGCUCUUCUAGACUCAGUUGUUGGAACGUCAGACAGCCAGCUGUCUGGUGACAUCUAAUGCUUGUGUGGAUCUUUAGGAUUUCUGAACGUUGAGCACCUGGAUAAUUGGUUACCCUGUAUUCUGAAGGGUAAUACUCAUUUAUCUGGGUGAAACUUUUAAAGAAAAAUUCCUUUCCUUCCUUCUCCCUCCUUUUCUUCCUUUCUCUCUUUCUUUCUUCCUUUCCUUCCUUCUUCCUUUCUUCUUUUCCUUCUAAAUACAUUGAAAUAUUUUAGAUAUAUCAAAAAUAAACUAAAGAUCUCUUACUAAAUCUAGAAAUGGUUUAAUUUUGCUCCUUAAUUCCAUGCCAUUUCUCUCAAGUGAACAUGGAAAAAAUAAUUGCCAUGAGCUCCAAAAAGUCUGCAUUACAGUAUUUAAACUGUUUAAAAAUAAAUCCAUCAAAAAUAAAAGAUGCAAAUAAUAUCUUUUAAAGUUAAUUUUUAAGACUUUUUUUUUAUCUUAGUGAAUUUUAAGAAAUUAUAGUGGAGUAGAUGUUCCUAUAUUGUUUUUGGAUAUUUUGGAUACCAAGGAGGAGUUACCAACAUUUCAGUGGUUUAAAGCUUGAAACCUAGAUGUAGAAAGUAGAUCUUCAGAGAGUGGUCUAUGGAGAGGGAGAAGUUAAAUAUCAAAUAAAUAAUCUUCUUGUAUUUACUCUUAAGUGGGUAUAAGUUUGUAGUUCUGUUACACCUUUGAAACAGUCUGAUCGAAAAACAGUGUUUGUUACGUUUGGGCCUUCAGGUAUGGUAUUUUCGGACUUUAUGUCCUAGGACUUCUUUAAGAUGAAAACAUCUUCUGAUGAAGGUGGGGGAGGGUGUUGGCACAGGAUAGCCUCCUCGCCUGCCUCGCCCAGGGAACCUUACACCGGCCAUCGGUACCUUAUAUUCUUCAGCAAAUAAUUUAUCCUGAACUUCUAGUGUAGUAUAUGGGGAGACACUAGAAUGGAAAGGCCAGUGGAAGAUAGCUUGUAUCUUUUUUAGGCCAUGUUUCCUCAUUUAAAAACUAGAACUCGAAUACUUCUUUGCAAAGUACUUCAGGUUUUGAGAUUAACAAGUCAUUUGUAACUUUCCUUGUAAUGCAUCUCUUUUUGUUAUAAAUUUAUUAGAAGAGGAGGAGGAAGUCAGUUAGUGGUGCUUCACGGCGCACGGGCUGUGGCGAUGCCUUGUCCUCGUGCUCCUUCAUACCUUUCUAACAGACCUGGCUUUCUUACAACCUGUGAGGCUGCAUUAAAAGUGAUUAAACAAGCCACAGGCAGAAGGGAAAAGGAAGACAUGCAGUAGUACUAAUUAAUAGUAUAGACUAUUUUCUUCUCUGCGUAUGCUAUGAAUAAUCGUAUUAAAAAACCUCAUUUUACCUUUA